UUCAUACGACUCCUCGUCCUCUUUAGAAAUAAAUCUGAUAGAUAAUAAUUUUCAAACUCAUUAACCUUUAUCUGGUAGAUGGCUAUCAUUAAUUAUAACUUUCAUACUUUGUAGUAGCUGGCUACGAGUAGCUAACUUUUCUUACUUUUAGUAGCUGGUUACUAGUAACUGGCCUACUAGUAGCUAACUUUUCCAGGUUCAAGUAGCUGGCUACUAGUAGCCAACUUUUCUCGUUUUUUAAAGUAGCCAGUUACUAGUAGCCAACAUUACCGAUCUCUUUAACUGCACUCAGUUGAACCGCCUAUCGAGCGGGGUUAUACUACUCAUACCAAGUGUGUUCCAAGGUUUUGUGGAUCCAAGAGAAGACCAGCUGAGACACACUGGCAUCGAAGUUUACCGUACAAGACAUCACUGAGUGACCCAGUUUUGAAAGAAAAACUUGAUGAAAUCUUUGAACCUGUGAUUGCCAAAGCUACCUUGUAUAGUGAUUUAGGGUCCAGCCAAUCUUGCGAACAUGCUAACCGAGCAGUCAGUUUACGAGCACCAAACCACUUGCAUUAUGGGGAAAGUCAAAACCUUGACUUCCGUCUAAAAGCUACUGCAGCAUGUAUGAAUGAAGGUCGCAAAUACUUACCGGAGGUAGACAAGCUUGAUGUUAUCUUGAGGUGUUUGUUGAGUUUUGUUCAAUUUCCUGUUGUCAGUUUUGACCAUUUCUUGCAGCUUAUUUUUGGAAAUUUAUAUUACUAACAAAAACUCUUCGAUGGAUGUGUAUAUUUUCAAAGUAUUUAAAGAACACGGAUUAUCCCCUGGUCAUCAUACACUGAAAUAUUCGGAGAAGAUGGACAUGAAAAGACAGAAGAGACAGGAAAGAUCAAAGUUGCCUGAAAAGAAGCGCCGUCGAUUGGAUUUGAAGCAGGAGAGAAUUACCCACAAAGGAGCCAACGAAGCAGCUGAAGGAGAUACACAUCAAUCAGAAGUUGGACUUUCUGACCAAGUCGACAUCCAUACUAUUCCUGAUGCAGUUCCCAAACCAGGAUUCACCAAAGUCGACCACCUGAACAAAGUUCAAGAGAAUAGGGUCAUUAUCGACCUAGAAACUACAGGAUUGAUUCAGCCUGGACUAAUGCCUCAUAUCACACAGAUUGCUGCACAAGUUAUGGAUUCUGAUGCCGAGUUUUCAUGUUAUGUUUCACCUAAAGUACCCAUCAAUGAAAAAGCUGAGCAGAUAACUGGUAUAUCCUGGGAUGGUGAACACAUGACUGUGCACGGAAAGCAAGUGGCAACUGUAUCGAUAACAGAAGCACUUUCAAAAAUUUUAAAAUUUUUGAAGAGCAUUAGCAAUGUUAUUUUAAUUGCACACAAUGGAAGCGUUUUUGACUUCCGUGUUCUAUCCUAUGCUAUAUGUAGAGUAGGAAUGAUGAAUGAAUUUUCAAAUCAUGUUUUAGCAUUUGUGGAUUCUUUGUCAUCAUUGCGUUCAAAAGUUCCAAACCUUCGUUCUUAUAAGCAAGAAUUUCUAGCAGAAUAUUUCUGUCAAGAAUCUUACAAUGCUCAUGAUGCAGUUCAUGAUGUCAAAAUGUUAGCCAAGAUUUUGUGUGCAAGUGGCAUGACAAAAGUAGAUUAUGUAAAACAUUCUUAUGCAUCAAAUUGUCAUUUUUUACAAGAAAAGUUCAAUCUUGCCAAGGCCAAAAAUAUUGGCACCCUACAUUGUCUUGUUGCCAGUGGUGUACUCGAAUUAGCUACUGCAGAAAAUAUCGCAGGCUCUGGCCUAAAUCUACAACAUUUGAAACUUGUUUGGCAGAGAGAUGGUGAAGAUGGUCUGAGAAAUAUUUUUACUGCAAAAAAUUGUAUUGAGAAACCACGUGUUACCAAAGAUAAAAAGUUGUUGGGAAAUAUUAUUCCAAAGCUUUGUUCAUUUUUUGAACAGUAAAUUUGCCAUGUUUUAUAAGCAUGUUUUGUGUUUGACACAUGUAAAGUUGAUACAUUAGCUAUUCGGUCUUUAGAUGUGAAAAGUAAACUUUAUAUGAUAAUGAGCAUUUCCUGAUGAUUCAAGGUCAGGUUGAGGUUAGUGACAUGUAUCAUUGUUUUAUCAAGAGUUCCCAUGCUUUCAUUGUUUGAAUGAUACAUUUUUCAUGUCUGUUAAUUUUUUUUUCAAAUUGGAAUUUUGCAUCAAAAUGUUUCAAUGUUAAGAUUUUGUAGGGAGGGUGUGUGUGUUCAACAUAGCAUAAUUAAAGUUUUCUAUGGUAAAUGUCUUUAUAAUUGUGGUAAACAAUUAUAUAGGGAUUGAACUUCAUUUGCAGUACAUUAUUUGUGACAAUUUUGCAUUUAUUUUUUUUAAACAGCGAUUUUGUACAUUUCACCUUUUUGCAUUUGAAUUUUUAUUUUUCUAUUUUUCAUGUUUUCUCAUAGUCAGACUGUCUUUUUGACGUUAGAAGUGUUUUAUAAUAAUCAAAAUUAUGCUAUAAUAAUAAAAGAAAACUUUAAAUGUCUAUUUAUUUCUUAUUUUAUUUCAUUAUUUAAAAAAAAGUUGUAGCAUAAUUGAAAAAAUGUGGGGAGAUAAAAAUAAUUGAUAAUAUAAGGUGUUUUUGUGGCAAGUUUUCAAUGAAAAACAUAGAUAUAGCUUUUACCAUCAAUUAUGGUCAUAAUAGACACCUUGAUUUACAUUUUAUAAAAAUCAGCUUAUGUGAGUUGGAUACCUUAAAGCUGGUGACGUUUCUAAAGGAGUGAACAAGUCUUGAAUUGGACAUUUACUGUAUCAGACUGUAAAGUUGGCACAAACUUAAUCCGUCCUCGUUUUCAUUUCGUUAUUUAUCUUGGGCAACAUAAGUGAUCCCAUCUCCACAAAACAUACAUAAUACAUGAUCUCUCUAGGAAUAAAUGUUUAGCUUAUAUUGUCUGGGGAGCACAGAAGUAGCGCUGCACCAUCGCUUCUCGCCGCUGUAACCCCGAGUCCAAUCCCCGUGAUCAGCAGUGGUUGUAUUUGAGAGGAUAUGGCGGUCACUCGCCCAGGUUUCCCCCGUGUAAUCCGGUUUCCUCCCACAUAAUGACCCCCUAGCACCAACAUCUGUGCAUCAAAGGACCCGAUUGGAAAUAAGCUUUCAACCUUUAAUGGGUUAUCCUUGGUACAUGUAUGUACAUAUAUUUGUAUGUAUAUACUGAAUAAACAUUUAUCUAUUCAUUUUUAGAAAUACACAAUGUAAGCAUAUACAUGUAGUAGUAUACAGUAUAACCAGUGAGGCAGAAAUUAUUUGUGCCUCCCAUGUUUCUAUAUCCCCCCAUAAAACAAAUAAACUAGACAUUUGUACCCUAUACAUGUGUAUUGUAAUGCAAGAUAUUUUAAAAAAAUUUCAAGUUAGAAGGUCAGCGAUUGUAUCAAGAAAUGCAACACAUUGACACAGCAUAGAUUUAUUAUCAAGAAAACAUUGAAUUGGUAAAUGUAAAUUUAAAUACACUUCAGUACAUUUUUGCUUAUAUUACAAAGAUUGCAUAGUUGUUUAAAUAUCAUCGCUAUUUGUAGCAAAAAUAAUCUUAACAGAUUUUCUGCAUACUGGUAUUGUAAAAAUGUUGGAAAACUUCAAUCCCUUUGGCAAUUUGAAGGGAAAUAUAGGAAAUAUGAAAAAAUAUAGAUCACGCAUAGAAAAGCAACAAACUGCCUCAGUUGAUCUUGUUUACAUCACAGCUAGAAUAAUGAAGAACAUCAACAUUGAUGUCAGCUGUAAUAUAAUGAACCAGUUGAUAAUCACAUGUCUUUAUGAGCAACCAUGUCAAUAUAUCUUAGGGUCAAUGGAAUAAUUAUUUUAUAUAUGCAUACAUUUAUAAACAGGAUGACAAAUUAUCAGUUUUACAUGUGUAUACAAAAUAACACGGUCAAUUAGAGUAAAGGACUGGAGGACAUUUUAGAAAUAAGUUUCAUAUUUGAAAAUGUUAUUUCGUGUAUUAACAAUCUACUCUCAUUUUUGUCAGAAUUCCAAGUCGCAAAAAUAGACAUACACUGUACUAUAUCUAUCAAGAUUCAAAUAUGUAUUGUUCACUCAUGAGGAAAUGGCUAUCAUUAUAAUUUUAAAUGAUCUCAAAGGCAAAAACAUUGGAAAUAUAAAUAUCAAAUGAAAUCGGCCAAAAAAUUGGUCUCAUGUGAAUAAAGAGAAUUAAAAACAAAAAAUGAAAUUAUGAGAAAAUAUCAAAUUUCAGUCCUCUGAUUAAGCAAAAUGGAAAAAAUUUUCUUGAAUGAAAGUCAAAAUUUAGUAUCUCCUAUCACAGACUGCAAUAUUACAUUUGUUGUAAACAAGAGGUUUUGGGGUAAUAUCACUCACCUGAGUCACCAU